AUGGAAAGGUUGCUAGAAAAUUCAGCCAGUCCACAAAUCUUUGGUGGUAAUGCUCCACAGUUGGCUGCAGAUCCUCAUGCUUAUGGUGAAAAAGCAGGUGAAGGGACACGGUGGAACCCAACGCAAGAGCAGAUAGGGAUACUAGAGAUGUCGUAUAGGGGAGGAAUGAGAGCUCCUAGUGCGCAACAAAUAGAAGAUAUCACUGCACAAUUAAGCAGAUACGGCAAGAUUGAAGUGAAGAAUGUUUUUUAUUGGUUCCAAAACCAUAGAGCCCGUGAUCGGAGGCAAAAAGAGAAGAGAAGAAACAGCCUUGGUUUAAGCCAUAUGUAG